CAAGGUUUAAAUAUUAUCUCUCCGGACAAAAGGUUUAUAAAUCGGUGCCCUUGCUAACAUCAUAGACUCGUUCCCGUUCUUCCAUUUGCGUGAACACUUAACCGCAUAAAAAAGAUGACUGCGAAAUCAUUGACUUUGAUUUUGGCAAUGGCCGUUCUUUCUCAGGCGGCAGAAAUUCCGAGAAAUCUACGCCCCAGGUCGGAACUCUUCCCUCGCGCUCCAGUACCUCAGGGUCCGGGCCACAUCGUCGUGACGGAACCGGCUGCACCUGUCGACAUGCGCGGCUUCUGUGGUCAGCGUAAAGUCGAUUCCAGCAGGAUCGUUGGCGGAGUAGAAGCCGUUCCACAUGAAUUUCCAUGGCAAGUGGCCGUUACAAUCGAUGCUGGAAGCUUUUGCGGAGGCACGCUCAUCUCUCCCGAUUGGGUCAUGACAGCCGCACAUUGCGCUGAUGGAGCACGUCGAUUCAGUCUACUAUUGGGCGCUCACGAUAGAACUGUAGCGGAACCAUCACAGCUCACUAUCGAAACGACCGAGUACGCCACACAUCCAAACUGGAAUCCCUCCACCUUGGCCAAUGACAUCGCUCUGAUUCGCUUACCAACACCGGUCACAUUCACUCCUGAAAUCGCACCUCUCUGCAUCGCACCGAGCACCGAGCCUGAUCACGUUGGGGAUACUCUUCUGGUCAGCGGAUGGGGCAAAACAGCUGACGGCGCAUUUCAGAGUAUAUCUCCCGUACUUAUGAAAGUCACUGCUCCGGCAAUCACGACGGCCCAAUGUGCUGCUUCGUACGGUGACAUCAUUACUGACAACAUCCUUUGUAUUGACACUACCGGUGGACACGGAUCGUGCAACGGCGAUUCGGGCGGACCGCUGAGCUUUGAUAAUAACGGUGUGUACAAUCAGGUCGGCAUUGUUAGCUUCGGUUCGAGUGCCGGUUGCACGCGAGGUUUACCCGCCGGAUUUACACGCGUAUCCAGCUACGCCCAAUGGAUCACUCUAGUUACUGGUUUGGUUAUUUAAUCAACUCUUAGUUCAUUUUGUUGUUGUCUUACAUUAUAUUUUUUGUUCAUCAACAAAGACCUCAUUUCAUCACCUAUGAAAUGUGGGCCAUCACUUAAUUCGUUUUGUUUAAAAAAAAAUGUUCAGUCUACGUGUUGACAUCCGAAAUAAACUUGAAAACUGGUAUGUGUCCAGAACAAAUUA